AUGGCCCCUAUUCCGGAGUUAGAGGCAUCGACAUCAAUGAUGAACUGCCGCGAUGGAUCUGGGAAACAAAAGGACAGAGCAGAGAAAAACAAGUCCUUACUGAAAUAUUCUCUCUCAGGCUGCUUCUCUGCAGCCACUACUUCCGUGCAGAUGAACGUUGCUCCCAACCAAUCUCAGUUUUUCCAAUAUGACCGUGUCACUCUGACAUGUGUGGGGACCUCCGGUGGUUGGAUAGUGAAGAGGAACACAGCGCUCCGAACUGCUCAGAAAUGCAAAAAGGGCUGGGCAACCCCACGCGAGUCCUCCUGCACCAUCGACAACGCUUACCCAGAGGACACUGGAGUGUACUGGUGUGAAUCUCCAGAAGGAGAGAGCAACACCAUCAACAUCACAGUGACUGCUCAUGGUGUGAUCAUUAAGAGCCCUGUACUUCCUGUGAUUGAGGGAGAUGAUGUUCCACUUCAUUGUUUCUACAAGGAAGAGGGUGAUGAAAAUGCAACAUCAAACUUUUCUGCCAACUUCUACAAAGAUGGUGCUUUUAUUGGGAGAGAAGAAACAGGGAAGAUGACUCUGAGAGCAGUGUCCAAGUCUAAACAUGAUUAG